AUGCCGAGAGUCAGGCGAACAUGGGACGGGGCAAGGAGACAAGCGACCGUCGGUCGGGGUUGGAAAGGCGACCAGACGCGUCCACCACUGCUCCUCCGCUGCUGCUCCCUCUCCCGCCUCUCCUUCCUCCUCGACGACGACGACGACGGGCUCGACUUCUUUCUGACACGCUCUCUCCUCGCCUCGGACGCGUGGUUCACGACUUACGACCAGCAGUACUUCUCCCGACAACGCAGACCUCUCCCAAAGGUCCUCUCCUGGACAUCUCGCAGCUCCUUCAAGUCCAGAUCCACUGUUUCGCUGACCGUCAGCCACGGGGAUCCCGUCUCUUCAAGCCCACCUCCGACUGCGAUGGCAGCCGUAGACUCUGCAUAUGCCUCACCGCCUCAUACCAAUGGCGCCACAACAAACGGCAAUGGCGCACUCCACGACGGCCUCGUCGAGCCCUCAAUCUCUUUCCAGCCCACCGCUUUCCGCUCCUACCUCCUCGCGCUGCUCCCACCCGUCCUCGGCGCUUCAGCGGAAGAGCUAGAGUCUCUUUUCGACGACGAGUUCGACGAACGCGUCUCCCGUUUCGCCGGCGAAGGCGGUGGUGUCAUAUAUGUCGUCAAGCGCAAGGACGACGUCGAUGUAGAGGAUAUACCGCCAACCUACACAUACCAACUCACGCACCAACUCGCUUACGACUCCUCCCAUGUAACCACCCUCGCCAUCUUUAAGCGCAGUCCCAUCUUGGACUCUACUACUCCGCUGGCCACGCAGCUGCAUAUCCUCAAUCUUUUUGGAGGCGAUGAGACACCCUACGAGAGUCUCCACGCGGUACUCAGCUGCGCCGUCAAGCCAUGGUUCGACGCUUUCGUUGGGACGCGCGGAGGGGGAAAGGACGGUGAUAGCAAGAUGGGUAUACCCAUGACGAAGAAGAAAUUCGCUGAGCUCGAGCUUUCGCUUCUACAUCUCCAGCAGAACGUCGAGAUACCUGAAACGCAUCUUAUCAUUCACCCCGUCAUCCAACGGACAGUCGAGCAGGCCCAUACAGCGGGAACUCGGCCCAACAUCUCUGACAUACCAUCCAAGCUACUCAAUGACAGCUCAUUCCUCAACACUCUCCACGGACACGUGAAUCAGUGGAUCAAGUCCAUUCAGACUGUCACGAAGCUCACACGCGAUGUCGGGUCAGGGACCGCCUCGCAAGAAAUAAAUUUCUGGCUGAGCUUGGAACGAGCGCUGGAAGGGAUUGAGAACCAGCUGCGCAGCGAGGAAGUGAACAUGGUCAUGGAAUGUCUGCGCAAUGCGAAACGUUUUCAUGCUACUGUCAGUUUCAUUGCGGAUACGGGUCUCAAGGACGCGACCGACACUGUGCACAAGUACAACCAGCUCAUGAAGGACUUCCCACUGAAUGAACUCCUCUCUGCGACAGACUUAGACAAGAUUCAGGAAUCUCUCGUACUCAUUUUUGGCCACAUUAACCGCAAGCUCAAACUCUCACCAUACCCCAUCCGGCGUGCGCUUCCACUCGUCGAAGCCAUCUCGCGCGACUUCAAUGACCAACUCCUGCGCGUGCUCACCUCACACCGUCUGCUGUACACGCCGUACGACACCUUCGAGCGCCUCCUCUCGCAGGCGAUGACGAUUUUCCGCACGUGGGACGACAACAUCAAGGAGUUCACGAACGUCGCGCGCGAGGUCACGCGGAAGCGCGCGGAGAAGUUCAUCCCCAUCAAGGUCGUUCCAGCUCACGCGAAGCUCCAGGACCGCGUGCGCUAUCUCCGCGACUGGCGCAAACAGCAUGAGCAGCUCGCUGUCAUGACCGGGCCUACCAAGGGCCUCAGCGGCGUCGGGAUGGAGAUGGGCGGCAUGGACAUGGAGGCGGAGGUCAAGGACGCGUACGAAGUCAUGAAGAGAAUCGACGUGCUCGACGUAUCUCUUGAGGGCGGCGAGAUCUGGGUGGCAGCAGAAAACGCGUAUAAUGAGCGCGUUGCGCGCGUUGAAAACCAGAUUAUUGCACGGCUAAGAGACAGGCUGGGAACAGCGCGUAACGCGAAUGAAAUGUUCCGUGUCUUCUCUAAGUUCAACGCGCUUUUUGUCCGCCCGAAGAUUCGUGGUGCCAUUCAAGAAUACCAGACUCAGCUUAUCGACUCGGUCAAAGAAGACAUCAAGCGUCUGCACGACAAGUUCAAAACACAGUACCGUUUCUCAGAGGCGUACCAUAUGUCACAAAUGCGUGAUCUGCCUCCCAUCUCCGGAGCUAUUAUCUGGGCCCGCCAGAUCGAUCGGCAGUUGCAGACAUACAUGAAGCGAGUUGAGGACGUCCUGGGUAAGGGAUGGGAGCUCUACGCUGAGGGCCAAAAGCUACAGUCCGAGAGCACCGCCUUCCGCAAGAAGCUGGACACUCGCCCCGUCUACGAUGCCUGGCUGCACGACAUCAACCGGCGAGAUAUGGGUGUCAACGGCCGGCUCUUUGAGAUUGUGCGGCUCCGAGGGGGCGGGUUCCAACUAGCGGUAAAUUUCGACCCGCAGAUCAUCACGCUGUUCAAGGAGGUGCGGAAUCUGCUUUGGCAGAAUUUCCAGGUGCCACAUGCGAUCACGAAUAUGGCGAAGGACGCGAAGCGGGUCUAUCCCCAUGCUGUGAGUCUUAUGGAGACUGUCAGGACGUACGGGCAGACGCUCGAUCUGGUCGAGAACAACCAAGGUAUUGAGUGGCUCGUGGCCGAGUAUCGGAAUGAGGCACAGCGGAUGGUCACGCGCGGUAUGAACAUUCGAUGGGACUACUUCGUGAACCAGUACGACACUGCUCGGUAUGUAUCGAGUGGAGAUGCUCGUGACAACCGCCACAUUCAGUUUGUUCGGGAAUUCGCAAGUGUAGUAUCGGUCCUCCAAGACAAAACAAACAACGUGAUUGAUUUGUACAAGGACAUCAUUCGUGCAGUUGAAGAGCUUGUUACUUGCCCAUACACACCAGAAGCCUUCACGGAACUGCUGGGUCGAAUCCAGGCAGAUAUCGACAGACUAAACUUGGAAGGCUACGCCAACCUGGAGUAUUGGGUGGCUGAGCUGGACAAGCGGAUAGAAGGCAUUUUCUUGCAACGGCUGAACAAUGUGAUCCAACUCUGGUGCGGAGAGUUCGACCGAUCCGAGGAUCCCGAUGGCAGACGUGACACACUAGUUCUGCGGGAUAUCACAAACAAGCGGCGAGGGGACAAGCGCACGAAGGAGGAAAAGUCCUUGGAGGGCAGCAUAUCCCUGAAGCCGAUCGUGCAUGAGAUCCGGAUACAAAAUCAAGUCAUCUUCCUCGAUCCCCCAAUAGAAUACGCCCGACAAACCUGGAUUCGCCAGCUGCAUGAUUGGUUAGGAGUCGUUUGCCGGCUACGACGGAUACAGAGCUCUCGAUACGAAAUUGGGCUCCAGAUGCAAGGGUCAGUGGCCUCGGAAGCAACAUACACAUCACUGCUAACUCACUUCUCUGAUGCAACCCUCGAGCGGCCAUUCGCGCUAAUCGAGAACAAGGUGCAGCAGCUAAAGGACUAUGUCGCGAAGUGGCUGCAAUUCCAGUCUCUAUGGGAUCUCGAGGCAGAAUACGUGUUCAAUCGCCUCGGUGAUUCCUUGGCGCACUGGCAGCAGCUUCUCACCGAAAUCAAGAAAGCGCGCUCCACAUUCGACACCUCGGAGACGCAGAAGUCGUUCGGUGUAUGCGUUAUCGACUACGAGCAGGUCCAGGCGCGCGUGAAUGCCAAGUACGACGCAUGGCAAAGAGACAUCCUGAGCCGCUUCGGGAUCAAGCUCGGAAACGCCAUGAAGGAGAUGCACGCGACGAUCCUCAAGGCUCGGAAUGACCUUGAGCACCAUUCGAUAGAGGGUUUGGUGGGCGGUGCACGGAGGUUCUGA